CGCACGCUUAGUGGCGACAACAUCUCGAGAAUAAGCCAUAAUAACCCCGGGGGCCAACAAGGUGUCAAGCCAUUGAUUAUCAAUCACUGAUAACACGCAGUCAUAAUAUAGACAUUUUCAAUUCACGAUCCAUCAUUCCGAUUCGGACAUACCGCGAGUGCGAACUUAUAAUACGAUCGCUGGGCCAGUGAACAGGAUAACUCGUUAGUGACCAAAAAAAGGAUAAUUCAUUAGCCGAUUAAAUCCAAAAGAGCAAUUAAACGGUACCCGCAUCAAAGAUGUUCGCAUACACUUGGCAACUCUCCUCUGUGAUCCUGGUGAUCCUGGUGGCCAUGGCCACGGCACGACCCCAGCUCCAAGAGGUCCCGCACUCCCUUCUGGACAUCGAGACCCCGAACCAGUUCAGCUAUAGCCCCUCCCCGCUCACCCAGCCGGACAGCCUGAAGUCGAGACCGUACUUUGACUUCCUCAGCACCCUGUACGCCCACGACACGGCCAAGUCGAACCUCUUCCGGCCGUACUCUGGACGUCAGCGCCGCGAUGUCCAGCCCCAGAAGCUAGAGCGCCAGCGCCGGGCCAUCGUUUUCCGUCCGCUGUUCGUCUACAAGCAGUCGGAGGUCCGAAAGCAGGAGAUCCGGGACAGGAAGGACGCCCAGAGGCGCCACGACCUGCAGCAGCUCUACCGCCUGUAGUUCUGCAGCAGCAGCACUGUUUUCCUUAUCCAGCCAACCGGGACGUCAUCCGGCAUCCUCCUUGGCCUUCUACAGGGUCCUCUAGCACUUAGCCUUCCACUGUGUCCUUAGCCUUAAGUAAUGCACUGCAGCACGACUAAAGAGAGAGCACUCAUCGCUAUAUUAUUAUGUAUACGUCAUUCGCACCAUCCAACCACCGCCCACAUCCUCCUAGCCUAAGUCCCCAGACGUUUGUUAUUCAAUUGUUAUCUCCACAUUUGAUUAAAGCUGACAAAAUGAUUUUUAAA